GAGGCACUUGCUAAACCAAAAAAGAAAUAUAAUGUCAAGAACUCAUUUUACAAGUCCUCUACACAGAAAGCUUAUGAAGCUGUUCCUUGGGACAAAAUGCUACCACCAAAACUAGAUCCAGAAAUAACAACAGUAGAGAAAGCGGCUGACCUCAUCUCACAGUGUUUUACACUGAAAAGAUAUGAAAGAGUACCAGCAAUAACCCAGAUGGUCGGUGGACUCUGGGACAGAUUUCAGACAAGAUCAUUCUUAGCACCAGUCAAACCAGUCAGUUUUGUGAGUCCAAGUUCUAGAAGUCAAUACAUUCCUCUGUAUACUGAUCAUGUGCAGACUACAAAUGCCGAUGAUGUGGACAACCCUUUUGGAGACACCAGAUCUUUAGCCAAGCCUCGGUGCUCUAGAAUCCUUUAUUCAACCACAAGUCAUGCUCCAAAUAUCCCAGGAUAUACUGGCAAGGUUCAUUUCACAGCCACCCACCCAGCAAAUUCUAAUAUUUCAUCAACAACCCCAUCACCAGAUUCAGAACUGCAAGGCGUCUUACGGAAAGAAAUGAAAGUUGACCAAUUCUGUCAUCAGGCACCGCUUUCACGAAUGGUCACAACUGUGAAACCUUACAACCCCUUCAACAGAAUAGAAAAAAAACCGAUAGACCUCUGA